UGCAAUACAUACUAUUUCAGAGUCUUGGCGUUGUCUUAUAUGUAUUAGUUUGCGGUGCUCUACCAUUUGAUGGACCUACAAUGCAGUUGUUACGAUCUGUGGUUGUCUCAGGGAAAUUCAGAAUACCAUUUUUUAUGUCUGCAGAUUGCGAAAAAUUGAUUAGACACAUGUUGGUGGUAGAACCAGAGCGACGUUUAAGUAUUUCUCAAAUCUUAGCGCAUUCAUGGAUGAGUGAAGAUGGCGUAAUAGAAUUAGAACCUGGAGGAUGUAAUCCUGAUGUAAGCGUGCCACUACCAUUAAAUCAAUUAGUAAUAGAAAAUAUGUUAAGAUUACCUGGACUUAGCGCAGAUACGUUAUUACAAGCCAUUAAAGGAAAUACUUUUGAUCAUGUAUCAGCUAUAUACAAUUUACUUGUUGAUCGAUUAGAACCAACAAUGCCUAAUUUACACAGUAUUCAAAGUAUUCCAGGUGAUUAUUUGCCAGAUGGUGCACAUCAAUUAGAGAAGUUUGGUGAAACUGAAGCGGAAACGGAAGAGAAAAGUGGUCUUUAUUUGCCAUCUGGAACAUCUUAUCAUACAACAAGAAGACAUACAGUUGGACCUGGUGAUGCAGUGCAUCAAUCUCCUUCGUCAUAUCCUUAUCAUCAUAUGUCAGGCUAUCAAACUUUACGGCCUCUUCCUGUUCUUCAGUGUAAUAUGGAUCCUCAAGUUUUACCACAUACCAAUUUACCAUUAAAUCUUCCCUUAGUUCAACAUCAACCACCACAAAAUUUCCAAAUAAAGGAUCAACAUUUAUUGAAACCACCUCCUGUUAUGGGUGCCACUGGAGGUUUUGGUAGAAGAGCUUCAGAUGGUGGAGCAAAUCUUCAUAUAUUUCAUCAACAACAUAGUAGUAACAUUAACAAUGAUGAAGAUAACGGCUGGAGUCAACCUGGUAGUAGGGAACAAUUACAGUCAGGUGUUCAAAAAAGGGAUCCCGUAUUUACUCGGGAGGAUGCCUUUUUCAAAGAAAUGUUUCAGACAAAAGUUUUACAGAGUGGUAGUUCAGGAUUAGUACCAUGUGCUCAAUCAUUAAAUGUUGCUGUCAGUACUGCGACUGGAGACGGGAGUAAUAACAACAGUGGUAAUAAUAGUGGAAGUAGUGAUAGAAGAAGAAGAAGUGGCCUUAGCACUGUUAUGCAGCGACCAGUAAGUAAUAGGGAUUCGUAUAAGGAACCAAGCAGCCAUGUUGCUACUGAAAGAUACUCACCUGUUCGUCGGGCAUCGGAAGGAUCAGGUGCACCUGGACCAGGCAUACAAGCACUUCAGCAAGAAUAUCAACAGUUACAAAGAUUAGCAUCACCUUCACACAGUCCUGCGAGUAUUCCUGGUUCUCCUGUUCACGAAAGAUGUGUAGCAGCAAUUACGCAAGGUCUCAGUGGUUUAACUACGACAUCAGUACAGGGUAGUAUCGUACAUGGUACGCCGGCACAACCACCGGCCACACCUUUAGAUUUGAGUCCACUUAGGCAUCAUAGAUCACCUGCGACUACUCCUGUGAGUUACUCUCCCAGUAAUAGUCCAGCAUUGGAUAUGAUACAAGAAGAACAUCCUGUAGAAAUAUCAAGGGAUAUGGAGGUCAAUAGCGGAGACCAGAGCAAAAAGCGGACAUGUGAACGUGAAGUGGAGCAUAGAUACUGAUGAGAGUGGAAACUGGCGCGUGAACGAAGGAGGCAAAUGUGACACCUCCAGAAACUCGGGCCAUAAAGAUGACUCCGAGAGAGCGCAGCUGUUUGGAAAAGCGGCGCAAAGCCACUGAGGAUGGAAGGGGUGGGAGGGAUACCGAGAGUAUCCCUGCGCUUGCGUGUUAGCUGCGCGGCAGUUAAACGAAAGUUAAAAUUGCAAGUUGGAUGCUUUGCUGAAACUAUAUAAGAGGCGGCAGAGUUUAGGCGAAGGAUUCUGCAGGCCUUGAACGAGAUCAUUCAAAUUAAAAUUAAUAGUGUUCGAUAGAGCAGAGCGUACAUAUUUGGCGUGGCCAGCGUAAACCGGGCAUCGAAAUAAGACAUGGUCCGCAUCCUGGAUAGGGUGUCCACAAUCCCAUGAUGAGCCUUCAAUAAAGUUUUUCCUGAAAAGA